CCACACUCCAACCCAACGUGACGUCCAAGUUUAUUCGCUAAUCGGAAUUUGGAGCUUCUGUGACACUUGCGAUCAAUUUUAUGAGUCAACAAAUCUUGUUGAAGUUUUGGAAUAUGACAUAAAUGGGCUUGCAUGUUCAAAGAAAAAUACUCUUUCAAGUUUUAUUAUGUCUUGUAUUAUAUACGAAUAUAAUGCGUGGCUAUUAGUAUCGGUUUAGUAUGUUUAAAUAACAUAGGAUUAACGGAUUAUAUCACGGAUUAAGCGUCAUAGACGCUGCUAGUGCAAGGAAACCAAUACUAUAGUCCAGGGUUUUACAAAUGGCUAAGUUCUGACGAGUUGGGAUAAAAUGUGAAAGUGAACACCAUCAAAAAUAACUAACAGAAACUUCAAGAAAAAGGAUGAUAUAAACAAAAGUGGACUACUACAAAAGUGUCUUAGCAUUCCCAAACUUUUAUUCCAUCUCUGCUCUACUCUAUAUGAACUUGAAACGAGGACCGUACUGUGGAAUUUCGAAUGCAGCAUACGAUUCUGUUACGGGUGAAUAAAUAAAGACCAUAUACCAGAGACACCACCCAGAAGGCAAGUUAAUUUCUGCCGAUAUACCACAUAGAAAGUCAACGACGUGCUCGUUUGAAAUUGGAGGAGAACCGUUAACCCCAACAAAAGACUCACUUCCUCUACCAAGAUGUCAAUCUCGAAAUGGAAGUCCGUUCCCUAGCCCACGAGGAAGUCCGAUGAUGUCCGAGGGUCCACGAUCUCCGCGAAGCCCAAAGAGUCCAAAAGGAACUGAAAUGAAAGAUACUGGGUACUGCCGAAUUAUCGUUAUGGGUGCACCGGGGGUUGGGAAAACAGCGAUUACUGUACGCUAUUUAACGAAGCGAUUUAUUGGGGAAUAUUGCCCAACUUUAGAGAGCAGGUACAAGUAUCUUACAUCAGUAGAUGACACAGAUGUACAGUUUGAAAUCAUUGAUACAGCGGGACAGCCUGGUGAAGUAAUGAACGAGAGGUACGCGAUGCUGGGUGACUGUUUCAUCUACGUAUAUUCCCUCACAGACAGAGACAGUUUUCAGCAAAUAGAGACAUUUUACAAAAUAGUCGAGGACAAACGAAAAUUAUCAAACAAUAAUGGGAAUUUUCUAUGUGGCGUUUUAGUUGGGAAUAAAUCCGAUUUGGUUCACUCUAGGGAAGUAUCCCAAAGGAAAGGUCAUGAACUUGCUGACGUCAUAGGUUGUAAAUUCCACGAGGUGUCCGCUUCCGAGGGAACGCACGUUGACAGUAUCUCGGAGAUUUUUCAUGACGCUUAUAGGGAAUAUAAAAAGACAAUAGGAAGCAACCCAAAAGAGAGACGAUCAAGCUCUGGAAAAAAAUUUAAAAAUGCCAUACAGAAGGUUAUGAGAGGAGGUGCUCCAAAGAGAAGGACAAAUUCGUACAGUUGAUUGGAUAAAAUAGAUGGUCACAUGUAUACACGAUCGCUGUUGAUUGGAUAAAAUAGAAGUGCCAAUGGUCACAUGUUUACACGAUCACUGUUGAUUGGAUGAAAUAGAUGGUCACGUGUCUACACGACCACUGUUGAUUUGAUAAUUGUUGAUUGAACAAAGCCAUAGUUGAUGGGCUGUGACAACGAAGACUGAUAAUCACGUUGUCCAGAUAUUGAACUUAGAAACACAAGGGAAAUAUUCAUACUCUUUAAUUUAAAACUAUGAAAGAUAGUUUAAAAUCUAGUCUGCUUUUAAUGAAGUGCGCCAAAGAUUCAUUGAUAUUGAUAGAUACAAACGAUUGAAAUGAAUACAAUAUUUUGCCUGAAAACAUUGCAUAGUUACGAUCUCUUAUUCAGUUCAAUAGUUCGUCAUGUAUUUCUUUUGGCUUUCAUGGUGGCUUACAACAGUACAAUAGCAUACCUCUUCUUUAAACCUCACAGAAAGCUCCCAUGUUGCCCCGAUUUUAAUAGUACAGCACUCUAAUUGCAAUGACUGGAACAAGACUGAUGCUGCCGCGUGGUAUUACCAGAAGCAAAACAUUUACUUCUUUACCCAGUUAUGUUUUCACUCAUCAUUGAGAAACUAAAGAAUUCCUUUGUCUAUGGUCCAAAGGCCCAAUGCAUUCAUUGUAUUUACCAAUUUCUGGUUCAGGAUAUAGACAAGAGGUAUAGUAAGGACGGACUGUACAGGGUGUUCCAUAUG